UGUGUUUCAACUAGCGUGUUUGAUCGCGCGCCUUGGCACCCGGACGCCAUGCCGGGGACGCCCCUUUGCUCAACCUCACCUCAUCUUCGACAGUCUACUCUUUCUCUGAUCAUUCUCUCCAGUUCGCCUCUUCCUUCUCUGUCAACUUUUGUUUUUUCCGUCACUCCUUUGGACGCCUACACUCUUUUCCACAAACAAGAACCCACGGUUACUUUCUUUCCUCAACCAGAAUCACUCCGUCAUCCGUUUCCUUCUCUACCGCCGCCAUUGUAGCCAAAGACACAGCGUCACUGUGGACUUAUACCUACGCACGCCCAUCGAUCGAUACCGAACGCCCCCUUCGGACCCCUCCAUCUCCGCUUCCCAUAACCACACUCGCUCAUCCACUCAAACUCGA